CGUCACUCCUUACCACAAAAGCAGAGCCCCAUCCACCUCCUCUCUCUCUCUCCCUCUCUCUCUCAUCUGUGAACGAACCCUUUGGGAGGAGGAAGAACGAGAAGAAGAUGAGCUACUACGAUCAGCAUCACCAACCGCCUGUCGGCGUCCCUCCUCCCCAAGGGUACCCACCAGAGGGUUAUCCCAAGGACGCCUACCCACCGCCGGGGUAUCCUGCGCCGCCGCCGGGGUACCCUCCGCAGGGUUACCCUCCUCAGGGAGGCUAUCCUCCGCCGGGAGCCUAUCCUCCUCAGGGGUACCCUCAGUACGCCCAACCACCGCCUCAACAACAGCAGAGCUCUGGCCCUUCUUUCAUGGAAGGAUGUCUGGCUGCUCUCUGCUGCUGCUGCCUUUUGGAUGCGUGCUUUUGAGGGGAAGAGGUUGAUUUUGGGUGAUUUCCGAUUGCCGAAUGGGGGCUGUAGGCGAUUCGGUAGUGACGAUCGAAUUGGUGUUUGGUUCUCUUUGGAUCUCCUCCGAGAUUCUAUUCUCUCUCUUUUCCUCUCCCUCCCCAUUCUUUCUUUUCCGGCUUUGGUGUGUAGGGUUUACAUCACUUUCAUCUACUUCUUUACUUGGGGCACUCCUUUUGGGUUUACAGUAUGAAAGAGGAAAAAUAAUCCUAUUGUCCUCUCUCCCCCUCUCUCACUCUCUCUUCCCCCCUCUCUUUUGAAACUCUUCCAUCCUUCAAUCUUAUGCUGUGAAGGAGAGGGGGUCAUGCUUUCUGAUUAUUAUGGAUUUACAGUGUCGAGAAGAAAAGAUUACUCUUC